GGUCCUGCUCCAGGGGCGAUCGCUCCCCUCGGGUCCUCGUCGGGCUGCUUUGUUCCUCCUGCACUACCGCCCGAGAUUCCUCUUCCCAGCCCCUUGCUUGGAGGAAAUCAGAACACGCGAGCCUUUCGCCGCAAGCUAUUCCUUUGCCAUUUAGUAUGAAUAAAUCCGGAAAGAGGCGCUGUCAUAUUCUGUUACACAACAAGAAGAUAAAGUAGCCUGCCUUCGACGAACUGGACCAUGAGCAAUGAUUUGCCUGCAUGGAAAUACAUAACUGAGAACGCAACGGCUAUUCCCAAAGAUCCGAGUGUCCAGGAUGGUUAUGUCCUACUGCUUGUCCUUGUGUCUGUCUUCAUUGGUGGGACUUUAGUCCUACUUUCUGGUAUCUUGAUUAUCUGCAGAAGAUGCUGUGAAACUGAUCGAAGGUAUUCAAGGGCUAAUGAUGAUCCUGAAAAAACGAACACAACGUACCUGGAAGACUCUCAACCUACACAAGAAAUCACAAUCAAAGUUGAUGAUUCUGAAUGUUUGUCAACCGGCAGCUAUCAUGACCUCGAAACAGAGCGAUUUCUUUCCACCUGUUCUACUGGUCGCAGAGUUUCUUUUAAUGAAGCAUCGCUAUUUGACCAGGGGAAGAAAACACAGGAAAAAGGACGGAGGUACACUCUGACUGAAGGAGAUUUUCACCAUUUAAAGAAUGCUCGAUUAACUCAUUUGCACAUCUCACCACCUUCACUGAAAAUAGUAACAAUUCACGAGUGUGAAUCAAGUGAGAACAAUAGCUUGGCAAUGAGUGCCCAAGCUCCAUCAUCAUCAUCCAAAACCAACCUUUCCAUUUUCCAGUCUAUCAUAAAUCCACUGCCACAAACAGCUCUGACAAGCCACUCAGUUAACCCCAGCUCAGCCUUGCCUGGGGAUACAUUCAAUUCAUCAGUUAAUACUACCUUUGUUGAAGCAAAUGUUCCUACACCUGCUGAUUCUGGAGAAAGUAGUGUGAUUGAAAGUCUAGCCGGCAGCGCCAAAGGCGGCAGCAGCGGUGCCAUCGAGGCAGCGACGACUCCCAGCCAGGGCACAGUGCUUCAGUUCUUCAGCAAGCUGCGGAGACACGCCAGCCUAGAAUCAGCCAGUCCCUACUUCAAGAUCAAAAAGUGGAAGUUCGAAACGAACCAGCGAGCACUGAGCCUUGAUACGCGAGGGUCUCCAAAGAGACACCAGUUCCAUCGACAGCGUGCUGCCAGUGAGAGCAUGGAACAUGAAGACCAGGAUGCUCACCAGACUGAUAUUAUCCAGUACAUUGCCCACACAGAUGAUGUCACCUUUUGCACCCCUUCAACUCCAUUUGCACAACCUCCUUCCAGUCCACCUCCAUCAACUAGCAGGUUAGAUGCGGCAGAGAAUCUGCCAAACGGGAGUGAAAGUGCUGAAAGGAGGGAGAGCUCAGAUCAACAGAGGAUCUACCGAGAUAUCUGGAACCUUCGAGCUUCUCUCGAGCUUUACAUAUCGUCGGACCAGAGCAGCAAUGAUAAGGAUUCGGUCAGAAGCGACGCGGAGAGCGUGUGCUCCGCAGGCGGGCUACCUAGAACCCUGUCCCAGGACACAGCCGACGAAGCCGAGGAUCUUGAAGACAGUUCUGUAAGCAAGCGAGCCAAGCAGGAUAGUGUUGACUCAGAGCGUGGUAGUGACAGCGAGGCUAACACAAGAAAGCUGCUCCAGAUGGACAGUGGCUACGCAUCAAUUGAGGCUCCCAGCAGAGCACUUGAAGAAAGGAGUGAAAUUGGAACCAAGGACAAAACUGCUUCAGAGAAAAGAAGGUUUUUCACAAGCUCGGGGCGCAAAGGGACUGUCUUUGAAAGUUAUGAUGCAAAAACCUUGAGUGAAGAGAUAGAGGAAGAAGGAGCAGUAGGAGGUGAACCAGAAAGCCCCAUUGGAUGGUCACCAUAUGGUCAAAUGUUUGUAACCAGAGACUAUUUACAUAGACGGGAUUACAGUAUUGAUGAGAAAACAGAUGCCUUAUUCAAUGAAUUUCUCCGGCAUGACCCUCAAUUUGAUGAUUCGCCACUGAAGGCUAAGCACCGGUCUCGUAUCCAUCUACGCAAGCAAUGGCAGAGGACCAAGCAAUACAGUGAUCCAGGAAUCCGUUAUCCACCUGCAUUGGAACGGCACCGAACGCCUCUACGUAGAGGUGACAGUGUGAAUUAUCCACUUGACCAUCGAUACCAGAGCACCUUGCCACGCAUUGUCAGUGCCACAGAUGAAGAACCAACUGAUGGUGGCCAGGAACCCAUCAAAUCACCAACAUCUAAACACUCAGAGGCAGAACCCUCAGGUUCGGAACAUAUCGGUGUUGACACCGAAGAAAGAAUCCAAAUAAUUGAGGAAGAGGCGGCCGAGCAAGGAAAUGUCAUUGACCAAACUGAGCAACCAGACCAAACAGGCUUCCCACAGUCUUUAGGCCAAAUCAGUGGCUUCACAGAGACAAAAAGCUCCACAAACUUUGCGUAUGGGCCUCAGAUGAUAGGGGCAGACCCCAUAGACAAAUUAACUACUAGCAUUGAAGACAGGCUGUAUACCAACCUUAAGAAAAAAGCGAGUGUUGAUUAUAUAGUAGCUGUCACACAUGCUUCACCGGAACACAGCCCUGUUUAG